AUCAACUGGACCAGUCUAUCGCUUCUUUAAAUUAAUACGUUAAAAUUAAGAACCCUAACCGAACUCCUCACCCAUUCUUGCCAUUCCUCGACACAAAAUUCAUCAAAUUAGGGGUUCCCGGAUCGGAAUUUGUUGCAUUUACAGUCAUGAGCACCGGGGAUUUUCUCAAUCUUCACCCUUCAGAACUCAAAUUUCCAUUUGAGUUGAAGAAGCAGAGCUCAUGUUCCUUACAGUUGACCAACAAGACUGAUCAAUAUAUUGCCUUCAAGGUUAAAACAACAAACCCCAAAAAAUAUUGUGUUCGUCCAAACACUGGAAUUGUAUUACCAAGAUCAGUUUGUAAUGUCACAGUUACAAUGCAAGCACAGAAAGAGACACCUUCUGACAUGCAGUGCAAAGACAAGUUUCUCUUGCAAGCUGUUAUUGCACCUAUUGGGGCAACUAAUAAGGACAUAACUGCCAACAUGUUCAAUAAAGAGGAGAACAAGGUUGUUGAGGAGUUUAAAUUGAGGGUUGUAUACAUUCCUGCUAAUCCUCCAUCACCUGUCCCAGAGGAAUCUGAAGAAGGUUCCUCCCCGAGGGGCGAAGAUGGAAGUCAAAAUUCUUCAUGGCCUGAUGUUACAACAAGAUCCGUGGAUCCCAAGGAGAAGCUCUCUGCAGAGUCGGUUUCUAUGGUAUCAAGGUUGACUGAUGAAAAAACAGCUGCUCUUAAACAAAGUCAGAAGCUCCAACAGGAACUGGAGCUGAUGAGAAAACAAACUGUGAAAAAUCAAUCAGGCGGUUAUUCGAUAUUAUUUCUGGUGGUGGUGGGUAUAAUAAGUUUUGUGGUUGGGUACCUUAUCAAGCAGACAUAGAAGAAGAAGCAAUGGGAAAAUUGUGGAUUUGUUUUUAUUUAUUUUAGAUGCAAAUUCUCGUGGUUUUUCUGCAAAGAUUAUCAAACCCUUGUUUAUUUUUAGUCGUGUUGUAAGUGUAAAACUGGUUUGAGUACAUUUUAUUUUUUAAUUUAAGACCAUGAUCAGUUGAAGCUACAA